UUGGACAAACUGUUAAUUAAAUGUGGGCGUCAAAGAUCUUCUCCAAGUGUUAUGUGCGAAUUCCAUCUGUUUCUUUAAAAUGUUUUAUUCAAAACAAAGCAAAAACAAGUUUUCCAAAUGAAAAUAGAUAAUUCGACAAGGCAAAUAGAAACAAAAAAAUAAAGACAUCUUAUAUAUAAAUUAUAAAAUGUAAUGAAAAACUGUUUCAAAAGAUAUGAAUAUGCCCGAAGAAGAAUAUGUGGAGAAAACAUAUAUAUAUAAAUUUCCAACAUGUACUACAAAUCAAGAAUAUGUAUUAGAAAUACCAUUAAAAAUACCAUAUCAUGGUUCUGUUAAGGAACUUAUGCAUCGUAUAAUGUCAUCUUUUAAAUUACCAUGUUAUGUGGAAUCAGAUUUAUUGAAAUCAUUGGAAAACACUAUUAAAACAUUAACAUUAGAAUUUUAUGAUGAAAAAGCAGAAAAAGAUCUUGAAAAUGCAAAAUCAGGAACAUUAGAUAUUGAAGAUAUUAUAAGAAAUUGGGAAAAAUCUUAUAAGCAAAAGACAGUAGAAUAUGCUGAUCCUAUUGGAACUACAGAUGAAGAACUAUUUGCUGCUGCAUACCACAGAUUAGUACAUUCUCCAUCAUUAGAACCUAUUCUUCAAGCAGAACAUAAAUUUGGAAGAGAUGUAACUGAAGUUAUUCAGAUGAGAGAUACACAUUAUGAACAACUCACUCAAAAGCAAACCGAAGAAAUGCGGGUCGCUGUUGAAGCCCUCGAGGCUGGUUCUACUGAAAAAUCUAUAAAUGAGAUGGCAGGACGACAUUUUGAGGAACAAAGUUUAUUGCAAGGUCAUUGGGGAUCAAGAGUCGAUGCAUUGAAAUUGGAACAAAGACGGCAAUAUCGUAAUUGGAUCAUGAGGUUAUUGGAAGAGCAGCAAACUAACAUGUUACCGACUCCAGUGGGUUCUCCGAUACUAUCGAUGCCACCAAUACGACCGGCAUUAGACAAUUUUGUUCAUAGCGAGGAAAAGAAUACGGCGGAAUAUCCUAUAUUGGAAGAAAGUUUCACCAUACACUUAGGUUCUCAAAUGAAACAAAUGCACAAUAUAAGAAUUUUAACUGGUGAUGUUUUAGAUUUUUGUAGAACAAAGAAGAGCGAAUCUGGAAUGGAUCCAACGCCUCAAAGGCUACAGACUGCUUUAGGAUUAUAUUCUAAUGAUUUAUGUGGAUUAGUAUUAUUGAGUGAUAAUCAUUUAGGAAGUUAUUCGGGAAUAACGAAAGAAUUAUGUUCGAUAUGUCAAUUAACGACAGAAUUUCAUUUUUCACCGAUUGAUGAACAACUGGAAAAAAUAAGAGAGGAUGUGAAAGAUGCAGUUGCAUGGAGACAAGCUCAUCAUAAAGAAACAAACGAAUCUCAA